AGUGUACAGCCUGAUUUGUGGUCCGUCAUGGACGGCGGUGUUUGGAGUUUGUGAGAGUGUGUUAAUGUUUACGAUGGAGGAAACACCUGAGAGAUCUCCAUCUGUGAUCGAUCGCUAUUAUACACGAUGGUAUAAAACAGAUAUGAAAGGACGAUCAUGUGAAGACCACUGCAUUCUUCAGCACUCAAACAGGAUCUGCAUUAUCACCCUUGCAGAGUCGCACCCCGUCCUGCAGCAGGGACGCAAAAUCAAGAGCAUCGAUUACCGUAUCAGCGACGGAUGCAGCCGUCUAAACAACAAAGUAUCUGGCAAAUCAAAGCGAGGUGGUCAGUUCGUGACAGAGUUUGCUCCACUGUGUAGAAUAACAUGCACAGAUGACACCGAGUACACCGUCUUUGGCUGUAUCAGAGGACGCCUUUUAGAAGUCAAUGAAGACAUCCUGAAACAUCCCGAUCUGCUACUGGAGAAGCCCUCCACUGACGGCUACAUCGCAGUCAUCCUACCCAAACUAGAAGAAAGCAAGACUGUCACCAAAGACCUUCUGACCAGAGAACAGUAUGAGGACGUUGUCUCUAAACGAAGUUCUCAAUCACAAGAGUGACUCUGAAAUCAACAUUACUACACGGAUCUGAGAAAAAAAAAAAAAAAAUUGAAUUUGACAUGAAUGACCGUAAGACUGGCCAAGAUUGUAUUCCUAUUUUUUUAUUCUAUACUUAGUUUUGUACUGGAUUUAAAGAAAGAUGAUGAUGGAAAUGUAACACUGAAUUGUUCUACAUGUUUUGUUUUUUUUUGUAUUUGGGACAAAAAAAUUAUUUAUAAAUCUGAGUAGAGAGGACGAUCCGUUUAUUUGGAUUUGUAAUUAAUGGGUCAGUUUAGUUAUUUCAUAUUAUGUAUAUCACCAUAUUUUGUGCAACCCCCCCCCCC